AUGAAGGAGCGCGUGGCCGAGGAGGCGAUCAGAGCCAAGUUCGAGCAGAACCCGGAGGAGCGGGCCAAGCUGUUGGCCACCAAGGGCGCCACGCUCAUCCAGCGAACGCGCAACGACGCCUACUGGGGCAUACCCGAGUCGGCCACCCUCGGCGAGAACAAGAUGGGCAAGAUUCUCAUGCUGGUGCGCGACGAGCUUCUCAACGCGCAAUCGACAACAUCAUGA